GCUUUAUUAAUUGCCAUUUGAACCAUCCUCCAGGUGGAAUUAUGGGGCGCUCUCUCUCUCCGCCCCUCUCUCCCUCUCUCUCACUCCCCAUAGCUGGAAGGAUUCAUGAGCUAGAGCUUUCUGAAUCUGAGUUUGUAAAAGGACGUUGUGAUCAGAAUGAGUUCGUGUUCAUCUUCAUUUGUAGGGAUUUAAUUUGGAGCUUAAUUAGUGGUCACGAUUAAUUCUUAUGGAACGAUAUGUACACAGAAUAGUGUCGUGAUAUUGAAGCUUGCUAUGCUUUACGCAUGAAGUCUGAAGGCAUGGAUCGGAGAAACAAGGAAUUGAAAGGGCUAGCCUUUGAGAUUGAGAUGGAAGAAGGACGAAAGAAGAAGUUUCCAGGUGAAGUACUAAAGCUUCUUUUAAUUUCUUGCUUAAUUAUAUUUUCCUUUUCAUGAGAUGUGUUUUAGUUAAUGAUGUAUAGCCAAGAGACAAGCUUUAGUUUAAUUUUAUGUUUUAGUUGUUGUUGUUCUGUGUUUUCCAGAGAAGACAGAAACUUCAAAAGGUUUGAAAGGAAUAUAUUCUGAUGGUAAUUCAAAAGUUUAGUUAAUUGCUCUUUCAAAAUAAAAUUUUAACAAUUUUGGAAACUUUUAGAGAAUAAUACAUCAAUCAAAAGUUAAUGAUAUUAACUAUAGACCUAGUAAAAACUUCACGGGAAAAUUUAAUUUCCUUUUAACCAGAUAUUGAGUUAGUGUGUGAGUGUGUGUGAAACAAGGUUCCUUUAAUUUUUUAGCUUUGAAGAGAUGGAGAUAUGAUCAUAUUAGUCCUUAUAAUAUAUACACUUACUCAUAAAAAUUACCAAGCCAGUGUCUCACACACAUUAUGAUAAUAAUCACUAUUGUGUUCACACGCUUAUGCUUUAUAUUCAUAGUAUAAAAAUUUAGGUUGGCCCUUCUAGUUGAACUAGUCAAUAAAUUAUUAAAUCAGUAUCUUGAUCAUAAUUUUAACUAUUAACUUUUGAAUCAGUAUCUUAAUUGGUUUAAUAUUCGAUCUGAUUUUUAGUACAUUAUAUAUAUAUAUAUAUAUAUAUAUUCUUCAUCAUCUUCUUGCUGCUUUUCUUUUGUUGGUUGUCGAGAAAAAAGAUCGCCCUUAGAAAAUUCUUCUUUAUAAUCUCAAUUUCUUCUUUACUUUACACACACACAUACAAAGCCACCUACACGUGAGGCCAGCAAAAACCAUUAAUCCUCCUUUGACUGCGGAGCAGCAGAGAAUUACUGAUAUUUUGAGAUACGACGUCGUAUUAUAAUUUACUUACCUACCCGGUUGUUUGCCGCCUCAAUGAGCUUGUAUAACAUAGGGUAUGGUUUAGGGGAGGGGAGGUUAAUGAAGUGGAGGGAAGGGGAUGUGAGGGAGGGGAGGGAUUUGGCUUUAAUGUGUUCUUGCUCGAUUUGGAGGGAAAUGAGGACUGGAGAAGGAUUUUUGUUUGGUUGGAGAGGGGAGGAGAGAGGAGUUAAUUAUAUAAUGACAUAUAUGCUUUUAUGUUAUUUUACUCUUUUUCUUUUAUAAAAAAAUGCAUUUAUAUCAGACUUUAUUUUUUAUUUUUAAAAUUAAUCUUUUAUCUCAUCUAUUUAUGAUAUUCAAUUAGAAAAUUAUUUAUGAUAAAUUCUAGUAAUAUAUUUUUUUGAAAAAAGUUAUUUGAUUAAUUUUAACAAAUUAUAUCAUUAAUUUUAUUAGGAUUAGAAUUCAAGACAUAUAUAUAUAUAUAUAGCAAUUAGUAACAGAUAGUUUAUGACAUGUAGAAGUGGCAUCAUGUUUUUUAUUUAAUUAAAACAAUGAUAUUUAGAACAUAAUAAAAUUAAUAAAAAACUUCAAGAACCCCCCAAAUUAAAAGGGAGCAAAACAAGUGGAGGGGAGGCGUCUCUCUUCAAUUUUUCCCACAAGACAGCCGUUUUUUUUAUCUCAUCACUUCCCUUCUUAUCCUUCCCUCACUUCCCCUCCAAAACACCCCCCAUCAAAAAAAGAAAAAACCGAACCAAUCUUCUUGUGCGAUCCACAAUGGCGUCACAGUUGGUCUUACUUGCCCCCUCCGGCCGCCGAAAUAUUGAGCAAGCCGAGGCGAUAUUGCCAGCGAUCACAAGUUUCCGUAACAAUCGUAUCUCCUCCCAACCUUACAAAGGCAAAAGAAUAACCCUUAUGCUUAAAAUAACAGCUGAAACAGCAGUAGUAAUCGAAACCUUUGCUAUGCUCGGCGCCAGUGUACGUGUUUGUUCAUCAACCAGGUCCUUUAUAAGGGACGAUAUUGCUGCUGCGGUCACCUAUAACGGCAUUCCUGUCUUCGGAAAACAAGACCAGACUCUUGAAGAGCACAAACGCUUUAUGAACCUUGCACAAGAUUGGGGUUCCGAUUCUCCUGAUGUGAUCAUCUGCGACAGUCCUCUCGAUGAUGAGUAUGAUACGACAGGUUCUGAUAAUACUGAAUCCAGAAAUUUCAUUCUUAAGAACGAGAACAAGUGGAUCGUAACUGAUUUUGAGUUCCUAUACUCAAUGGCAAUGGAAGCCCUGCGAGGCACUCAUGCUAUCAAUGCAACAAGGGAACUCGAUAAUACUGAUGAGCAGGUCCCACUGUUGCAAAGCCAUCGCUACUUUCUGCCCGGGGUUUUAAAGAGAGCCACCAAGGGCAAAUUGAGGGGAAAAAAGUUGCCGUUUUGGGUUAUAGUGACGCCGGAAAGGAAUGUGCUUCUACCCUGAUGAACGCCGGAGCUCACGUGGUGGUGGUCCAGGAUGGUUACUUCCACUAUUGGGAUAUCAAUAGGCAACCCGUUCCGUCAACCAAUAAUGAGAAUGCUUUCUCCGACUUUGACAUAAUUGUUUACUCCGGUGUGGGCCGUGGCGACGCCGGUGAGGACCCUGUUAUCAAGGUUGACCAUAUGAAGAAUAUGAAAAAGGGUACUAUCUUGUGCAACAUAGGUGGGUCCGACAAUGAAAUUGACAUGCGAGGACUUCAGGAUUAUCCUGGUGUUCAGUGCUUGAUGAAGGAGCCGGGAAUGGAAAAGUGGGUCUUCCCUGAUCAUGGAACAAGCAUCAUCGUAUUAUCAGAGGGACGACCCAUGAAGUUGGGUUGUGUCUCGCAAGGUAUAGAGACAAUUAAAUAUUACAUCUCAAAGAUAUGGGGUCUCGAUAAAUAUGCUUGGCUGAUCAUUGUCUUCUUCAUAUUCUAUGCCUUCUAUCUAUGGUAUAUUGGGUUUGCUGUCAUAGUUGAUGAACUCUAGUUUCGUGAGCUCUUUUUCUUUUUUUUUUUUCUUUUUUUUUAAAGUGUGUUAAAGGCGAGUCUCUGGAUUUUGGAACUAUAUGUUUAUAUACAGGUGAAAGAUAAGGGGGAAAAAAACAAGCGGAGGGAUUAUUAUUCUUACUGAAACCGAUGUUGGAAGUCACCUUUACAUUUAUUUGUUCCAGUCUUGGUUUGUAAUUAUUUUGAUAGAAAUAAAUUGUUUUUACUUAUUUAUUA